AUGUUCGCCGCUGUCUUGUUGACGCUGCUGGCCCUCCCUGCUCUUCUCUUUGCCUGGUCAGCACUUUCUCUCCAAGCUAACAAGGCCAAGGCGGAGACGACAGGUCUGCCACUGCUGGUGCGAUGGGUCGCGCCCACAAACCCCCUCUGGAUGAUGUUCGGCAGCUCCAUCGUGCUCAAAUGUCGCGCCCUCGGCAUCGGCACUAAGCGCUUCCACCGCUUCUACGUUUUCAGCUGGGAGGCCAACGAACGACACGUCGUGCACCAAGAGCUUGGUCCUGUCUUCAUGCUGGUCUCGCCUGGGGGCAAUUGGCUCUGUGUCAGCGACGCGUCCGUCUUUGAGGAUGUCAUCCAUCGCCGUACUGACUUCCGCCGCAACAUGGAGCAGUUUGCGGUGCUAAACGUGUACGGCAAAAAUCUUUCCACGACCGAUGAUGAGGAGUGGCAGAAACACCGCAAGGUCACCGCCAUCACCUUCACUGAAAAGAACAACGAGCUGGUGUGGCAGGAGUCUCUAUCGCAGACCCGCGGUAUGCUUAAAUACUGGUUGCAGCACCAGCCCGUCAGCACCACCCACCAGGACACCAAGGUCUUUACCCUCAAUGUUCUGGCUGCGGCCAUUUUUAACAAGUCGUAUCCCUUUGAAGGCGCUGCAGAGUCCAAAGAACACGUCAACACCCAGGAUGCUUCUUACCAGUAUAGGGACUCGCUCAGCAAGAUCUUGGCUAACAUUAUUCCUAUCUUCAUCUGCGGCGAGCAGGGUCUGAAGGCUUGGUGGACACCAAAAUCGUGGAAAUCGGCUGGAACCGCUAUUGCCACUUUCCGUGCUUAUGUUGCGGGUUUGAUCAACGACGAGCGAGACUACAUGGACCGUGGUAUCCAAAAGAAUCAGCAUCUCGUCGCUGCACUUGUCCGGGCCUGCGAAGACGAGACUAGGCAGCCUAUCCAGGGCAAGAGAAACAUGACGCUUACCGAGGAGGAGAUUGUCAGCAAUUUGUUCGUCUACGCUUUUGCAGGGAAUGACACCACUGCUAUCUCGCUGAACCAUCUGCUUGUGGAUCUCGCCGCGUCUCCUGAGACCCAGGAGUGGAUAGCUGAGGAGAUCCGUCACUACUUACCUGAAGAUGAUAUAUCGCUGUGGGCCUACAAGAGGUUUAGCAAACUGAAGCGAUGUCUCGCUGUUGUGAUGGAGUCUAUUCGCAUCAACCAUCCCCUGGGACAGCUUGCAAAGCAAACCGGCCAAUAUUCACAACAACUGAAGAUCGGAUCCCGCAACAUCACAAUCCCACCCGGAACAUCAAUCCACCUAAGCCUAGCAGCAUUGCACACGCACCCUCAAUACUGGGGUGAAGAUUCCCUGAAAUGGAACCCUAGCCGCUUUAUCUCCACCCCUGAUGGCGCCGGAAAGGAUUUUGAAAACGAGGUUCUCGCAUCAGACACACAAGAACACUUUCUUCCAUGGGCAACUGGACAGCGCGUCUGCCCAGGGAAGAAGUUCUCGCAAGUUGAGCUCGUGGCUGCGUUGGCGUUCAUCUUCCGUGAUUACUGUGUGCACCCGCAGCCACUAAGGAACGAGAGCAUGGAACAGGCGCGUAAGAGAAUCUUUAAUACUGGCAUGGAAAUUGAGCACGAGGGCACCAUUCUGCAUGAGUUGAGGUAUCCAGAAAGCAUUGCUCUUAAUUGGAGCAAGCGCGAGAGGUGA